AAGAACGAUUUAAAAAUGGGUGAUGUUGAGAAGGGCAAGAAGAUUUUUGUUCAGAAGUGUGCCCAGUGCCAUACUCUGGAAAAGGGAGGCAAGCACAAGACUGGGCCAAAUCGCCAUGGUCUGUUUGGGCGAAAGACAGGUCAGGCUGUCAGAUUCUCUUACAAUGAUGCCAACAAGAACAAAGGCAUCACCCGGGGAGAGGAAACGCUGAUGGAGUGUUUGGAGAAUCCCAAGAAGUACAUCCCUGGAACAAAAAUGAUCUUCGCUGGCAUUAAGAAGAAGGGAGAAAGGGCAGACUUGAUAGCUUAUCUCAGAAAAGCUACUAAUGCGUAA